UCCUUGAUGACCUUCCAUAUACCUAUAGAAAAGCCAUCAGCAAACACAAGUUGCCGGAUCUGAAUCUUCCUUUGCUUGAAAGUCAGCUAUCUUAGAAUCACUUACUACCGACAAAAUGGGUGGAUUGCCUACACAAAAUAGUUCUGCCUUGGCUUUGUCUGGCUUGCAGCAAACUCAGGAAUCAGCAAAAACAACACCCGCUGCAGAAUCAAAGCCAAAGAAGAAAAUUUGCUGUGCUUGCCCUGAGACAAAGAAGCUCAGAGACGAAUGCAUCGUCGAGCAUGGUGAAGAAGCUUGUGCGAAAUGGAUAGAGGCUCAUCGUAAAUGUCUACGUGCAGAAGGCUUCAAUGUUUGAGAUUGACACAAAAAGUUCAUAGGAUGAAACCAUUUACACAGAUAUGAUUUGAUAAAAUCUAGGAAAUAAUGGGAAAGGAAUACAUUUUCUUGGUUUUUGGUGUUGAAUUCAUUGUAUUUUCCUAUCUUGUGAGCCUGUUUGAACUUGUGAAAUCUUUUGGUGGUAAGAAUGACAACUUGAUAAAGCAAGCAACCCUACAUGAACAGAUUCUUGUAAUUCUUGUCUUUUUUAAAUCUUUAUAUCUAGUCUGAUUCUUUUAACCCUUGAUUGAUAAAGAAAGC